AUGUCAAACAUCAUUCUCUUCGCCCGUAAACACCACAACAACGCCGAUCAAGAUCAAAAUUUAUCUCCAGAUGUUAGUCAAGCAUUAAUGCGAAUUAGUGAAUAUGGUCCAUACGGCUAUCGACCAGAAUUAGCAGGUGCAGUUGUAUUCUGCGUCGUGUUUGGCUUACUUGCAAUCGCUCUCACAUUCCAAGGCAUUCGUGGGAAACGCUGGUGGUUGCUGGCCACCCUGGCAUUCGGUUCUUGGUGUGAAUGCGUAGGAAAUGCUAUUCGCAUUUACGGUCAUUUCCAUCCAUCAGCGAUUAAUCCUUACAUUGCACAACAAGUUAUCCUCGUUCUCACGCCUGCCUUCUUUGCUGCUGCUCAUUUCACAAUUUUGACAAAGAUUUGUCAAUUGUACGGAGCAAAAUACGUUUGGCCUAUUCGUCCUUCUUGGAUGAUUCCGGCUUUUGUUCUCUUGGACGUCGCUUCCCUUGCCGUUCAAGGUGGUGGAAGUGGAGAAGCAGCCAUUGCAGAAAUUAAUGGCAGACCUGUUUCUGAUAUCAACAGCAAGGGAAAUAUUGUGGUUGCCGGUUUGGCAAUUCAAUUAGCAGGUUAUUUAGCUUUCAAUGCUUUGUACAUUCUGUUUAUCACCCGUGCAAUCAAUGCUCAACGUAAAGGAAAAGCACAAUGGUUCAACGCUCGUCAAAAGCUCUUCUUUGUUGCCGUUUAUGUUUCUGCCUUGUUUGUCUUGGGUCGUUCGGCUUUCCGUACAGCAGAGAUGGCAUCAGGAUGGGUUGGAAAGAUUGCCACGACAGAAUGGUAUUAUCUUGUCUUUGAUGCAACGUUUGUUGCAAUUGCAGUCUUGAUCUUGACUGUAAUCUCUCCUGUCAAUUAUAUGGAAAGAGUUCAACCGUCAAAAAAGCAAACACAAUCACCCGAAGUUGAUCAAACAGGAGAAACUGCCGCAAGCAAUUCAUUCGAUCAUGGAAGUCCUGAUGUAGAAAAAAAUGCUUGA